AUGAAUCGCAUUCUGUUAACCUCUCCGAGAUCGGUGCUUGGGACGCUCUUGUCAAGCUUCCAAGCCUUGCCAGGAUCGAUGUUCUCCAACUUCAACUUCAAGAACUUCAAAUGCGCCGCUGCUUCUCUUUCCGCCGGCCUCGUCGGCGUCGGAGCUUUCUGGUAUUAUUAUAGCUAUCUAAACGACGACAGCAGGAUACCCAAGACCAAACAUCGCGGAAUAGAGAUUCUUUACCAAGAGCAUGAAAAUUUCGCCGCGCUGCGCAAAAAUUGGAAAAUUACCUUGUCAAAUCUUCUCUCCGACGCUGAGAGAUGCCUGAAAGCCGAGCAAGUUGAAGCUGGAGUUCGUUUGGUCUGCACGGCUGCUGCUUUAGUCGCCCUUGUUCAAAAUGAAAAAGAAGCCAAUAGCUUGCUGAAUUCGUUGCUGUGUCUUCCGGACUUUAAAAAGCACGAAAGCCUCAUUCGGGACGAAAUCAAAGAAGACAUGGACGCAGUAGAACUCAUCAUCAAGGGAGAAAUGUCGGACAUCUCCACCGCCACACUGAAAGAACUGCGAGAAAGCACCGGCGGCCAAACAGAAGGAAGCUAA